ACGACGGCAACGAGAACGAGUGAACAAUGAAAUGUUCCCAUUCAUCUCGCCUCUUCAGUUGAGAUUUGAAGUUCCCGGCGAACGCAACGCCGAGUGCAGGUUAUCCAAAGUUUAUGCGAAGCGAUAAAAUUAUACGAAGUAGCACUUCAGACACAAACAAAAAUAAGUUGAAACGCGUAAAUUUAUCCAAAGGACACCAAAUACGGUUCGGCGGCAAAAGACUUUGAGACAGCACAAGCGCGUUAAACACCAACAUAAAAAGAAAAAGAACAAAAAUUCAGAAUUACUGUUGUUGUUUUUUUUUAUAUCGCAAAUGAAGUAGAAAAAAAAGAACAACGCAGCCAACAUACUUCAACUCCGCCGUUUCAAACGUGAAAAUAGACAAAGCAAAAAAUCACUUGCGUCAGCAUCACAAUCACCAUCAACGUACAGUAAAAACAAAGCAGAAAAAAGACAGAAACAAAAUAAAAUAACUAGCAAAUUCUACGAGAAUCAGCUUAAUAAAAAACUUAUGUUGGGAUUCAUGUCCGGACAACUACUUGGCACACUACAAGUGCCGCUCUUUUGGAUAUUCAAGUAAAACGAUGUUGGCUGAACACAUAUCUGCAAUAAAAAAUUGGUGGUGGUGAGAUGGUUGGUUUUGCCAAGGACCAUCAUCCGAGUAAUUGUUUACCAUUAAACAAUCGGAAUCGUUUCGGUGAUGAUGGCAAUGUGGCAUCAGGAGCAGCAGCAGCAAAAACGAAGGAAUCCACAACAUUUUACACCGAUGAUGUCAUUAUCGAUUCAGUUGUUGGAGAUGGCGGUGAUGAUGAGAACGGCCCAAGCAAUUGUGAACAUUGGCAUCGGCAAAAACGACGAUCGCAAAAGUCUAUAAUAAACGAUAAUAUCGUGGAGCCAAAUAACUGUCGUCGUCAUCGUCGUCAUCGUAGUCGUGUAAACGUGCAAAUUUAUCAUGGCAAUAGGAAAAAAACCAUUCAAGGUGCUGCUAAGAUGUGGUUUCGCAUACAAUCCACCGUGGUUAAAUCGUGCAAUUUAUCCAUGUCGGUUGUAUUUUGUGCGGCAAUUUCAUUGUUAUUAUUGAAUAUCGACGUUAUCACAGCGGAACCGCAACAGCAGACAACCGAACAACGCUGCGAACCAAAAGUUUUAGAAGAAACUCCACCGGAUCCGUUCUAUGAUGCGUACGAUAUUACGAUUGAAGCAGCCAAAAAACUAGCCGAUUAUUUGAAUUCAAUACGUCCGGUGCACAUAAUCACACCUGAAAUACGAAGCCAAGCGAAUGCCAUAGCCACCGAGUCGCUGCAAGAAGAUGAAGGCUUAUUGGCCAUUGCAAUUGCAGCACCAUCACUGAAAUUGGCGGUCGUACAAUUUCGAGACAUCAUCGAUAUCGCUCCCGAAGUUUCAAACAAUCACACAUAUUUGCGAACGUAUUGGCGUGAACUGGGAUUAGCAUGGAAUCACACAGAAGGUGCACAAUUCUGGGGCCCACCAUUUCGCGACUGCGGAGCUUUAAGGGGACGAUGGCUUUGGCCAUUCAGUGUAAACUUUCAAGCAAAUGGAAUCAAAACUGUCGCCAGCACAUUCAUAGCAGCGGAUGAUGAUCCAUGUAACGAUGCUUUAGAACCAAUAUUUGGGAAAAAACACAGCUGUGAUACGGAAACAACAUUUUGUUUCAAAUCAUUGUCAAAUGAUACGACAAGUGGUGGUGUAGGUGGUGGCGUGAAUGCCGUAGGUGGUAAUACGAUUUUGAAUGCUUUUAAACAGCGCAGUUCGUAUACAUGCCUGUGCAAUUUCGGUUAUUAUGUGCCAAAUCAAACGCUGCAAGGAUUCGAGGGACAGGAUGUGGAAUCGAAUGCCGGAAAUUAUACGUGUAUUCGGUGUCCGGGCGGAUGUGCGCAUUGCAACGAGAAGGGUGAAUGUAGUGACGGCGAACCGCAAGAAUAUUACCUGACGGAAACUUUAUUACGGUUUUCGAUUGGCGUUAUACUCGGUUCGUGUAUGUUCAGCUGCUUAAUUUUAGCCAUUAUUGUGUUCCGACAAAGAAAAUGCAAGACCAUCUCGAGCGGCAUGUGGACCGUUUUAGAAAUAAUUUUAUUAGGAAUUUUGUUAAUGUACUCCUCGGUUGGUCUACAUUUCUUCCCUGCAUCGACUGUACGUUGCCUGCUUGAGCCAUGGUUCCGUGAGCUUGGCUUCAUCGUGUGCUACGGUGCAAUCAUAUUAAAAUUAUAUCGUCACUUAGUUGAAUUUCGUACGCGAAAAGCGCAUCGUUGGGUGUUGCGCGACAUCGAUCUACUGAAAUAUUUGUCAUCGAUGAUAUUUGCCGUUGUUUGUUAUAUGUCAGCGUUCACCGCAUCAUCAAUGGAUCUCAUACAGACGGCCGCACUCGAAGGUCUACAGGAGGUGCAAACAAAUACAUGUCAACAAAUGAAAUGGGAAUUUGUGACGCAAUUUAGUGAAAUAUUAAUACUAGCAUUCGGUUUACACUUGGCCAUUGCCAGUCGCAAUGCAAACACACAAUUUCGGGAAAGACAAUUUCUCGUUGCAUCGAUUUCAGCUGAAUUUAUUGUUUCGGUGAACUUUUACAUUUUGCGCGCAAUUUAUCUGAAUUCAUGGGGUCCGGGCACAAUAUUUUUAAUACUUUUUCUACGUUCUCAAUUCACCAACACAAUCACAAUGGGUCUGAUAUUUUUGCCAAAGCUUUGGUAUCAACAUAAGCAGGGUGCUCAUGAUGCGUCACAUCACGGUGGUGCUUAUGCUGGUAUUUACAUCGGUGAUCCAGACAUUGGCGAACUGACGAUAUCCGAAAUGAGUCCAGAAGAUAUACGAGCUGAAUUAAAAAGACUGUACACACAACUCGAAGUACUGAAGAAUAAAACACUCCGACAAGAUAAUCCACAUAUUAGUAAGCGUCGAGGCGGCCGAAAGCCGGCACAUCGAAGAUUUUCUUUGCAGGCGUUAAGUGCAAAACAUCGAAGCCAUCGUCAUCAUGCACAGGAUACCGAAAUGACCGAAGCCGAACCAUCACGAACACCUGAAGAUUCAGUGUGCAGUGUCGAAGGACCAACGGAAACUGGUGGCGAACCAUCCGCACUUUCAACAUCCAAAGUAACAUCAGGAAUCUAUAAUUAAUUAUCAUCUCUCUCUCUCCCUCUCUAACGAAGAAUGACAGAACCAAAAAGAAAACAUGUUUAGCACAUAUUAUCUGGUAUGCAUGCAUCAACAUGUGUGUGUAGAGCAUUUUAUUAUUAUUGACGUGAAUGCGUGCAAUUAAUUGAGAAAAAUGCUCAGUUUACCACCGAGAAAAUGGAAGAAGAAGAAGAAGAAGAAGAAGAAGAAAAAGUGAAAGCGUGCACCAGUAUAUAGAGUAACAUAAAUUUAUUGUGACACCUCAUUUAUCCUAAUUAACAAAGCAAAACCCAACUAGCAGACAAACAGAAAAAAACAACAACAAACAAACACACACAAUAUAUAUAUAUAUAUAUAUAUAUACACGGUAACAAGAGAGGAGACGAAUUCAACACGGAUGAGCAUCAAAUAUGCCAACGUAUGAAAUAUGAGAUUCAAUCAACAUACAACGCGUCGCAUGAAUUUUGAUUUAAUAAAUCUAUAAUAAUUGUAAUAAAUGCUAAAGAAACAAAAUAACAAAAAAAAAAACACUUGUAUAGUAAAUUUAAUCGUUUCAUUCUAUUUUGUCAAAAUAGAAAUUUGCGUAUUUGAUUCUAAAUCGCAAGUAAAAAAAGAACAUGAUGAACUGAAGCCAAAAUGAAGACGGGUGCAAGGGGAAAAAAUAUCUACACAACAUAAACAGGAACACAAUGAAAAGCUUAUUCCAUUUAUAAAUAGCUUUUGUGACACGAGCCAAUGUUUCUCUUUUGGUAUUUAGUGAAUUUGUGUUUGGUUUUAUCGGUUUCUGGUUAAUGGAUUUCAUCGGGAAUCCGUGUGGCUGGAUUUUGAUUAAAGUUUUUUUUUUUGCUUUUCAAUCAAUUUAAAAUCAUAUUCCCACAUAAUUUCCCAACACAUAUUAUAGUAGAAGCAGACUUUUGGUUGUAUUCCUGAUUGAUGUGCGUUUAAUGCCAAAAGAUAAAAAGUUUUUAUCCAUAUUUAAAAUCCAGUUUUCCACAACCUCAAAGCAAUUUGUAUUGGUAAAUACCAUUUAGUUAAUUUACCGAAAAAAAGGAAUAGAAUUGAGAAAAAAAACACAACUAAUAGCUAAAAAAUAAUAAUUUUUUUUUUAAAUCAAUUUGUACAUAGAGUUAUAUAAGAGCACUUGAACUAGUUGUAUGUAACAUUGAUUCUGUCAACAAAGGGAAAAAACUAGGUCAUAUGUAAUUGUCUUUUUAAUUUAAUUAUUAUGAAUUAUAUAGUUUCUUCUCACGCAUUACCAUUUUUCGUUUCAUUUUCCGGCAAUUUUUUUUUUAAAUUGCAAUACAUCACACAUGAUUUAAGCUAUUUGCCAAAAUUAAAUAUGUGGGCGUGGAUUUAGGGUGAAUCGAUUUUUAGUAAAAUAUGUUGUAGUGAACUUAUUAAAUCCUACUUUAAUCGAUGAACUGGGUAGCUUGCAAGAAAUUUUUGGCUCAGAGGUUUUGGUUAUUCUGGAAUUGCCCGAGUCGAUUUUGUGCAUGCAAAUUAUCAAUUCGUUGUUCUCUAGAGAAUUUGAGUUUGAUCUCAAGUUCGCAAUUCAUCACAUCCCAACAUGCACAGUGUAAAUUGAGUAAAAAGUCUGUUAAAAUCUUAUUUCUAGCCACUCCACCCCAUUUUGACCGCUGGAAUGUGAUGAAUUACAAACUUGAGUUCAAUCAUAGAUUUCUGCAAGACUCUUCGAAUGGAAGAGUAACCAAUUGACAAUUUUCACACACAAAAUCAUCUCGUACAACCUGUGAAUAGCCUCAAACGCUAAUGUUGUGGAACAAGAAUUCCUAGUAUAGUCAUUCUCUGUCGAUUAAGGCAUGUCACCUGGAUUGGUAUGUUAGUUCCGUGUAUUGACUUUAAAAAUCGAUCUACCUUACGGUAACCGAUCCUAUUUGCAUGCAAAUGCUAUUUUGUUGCUUCCAUCACGUUUGUUUGACGAAAAAAUAAUUGCGAUUUCAUCGAUUAUUUUUCGUUUGUUCAUUUAUUCCGCUGUAUCCAUUUAUGUUAUUAAAGUAUAUUAAUUUUGUAAUAUUUCAAGCUUAUAUUUUUAAUCGACCGAAUUAUUUUAAGUGUUUAUAUUAAAAAUGAAAAAAAAAUUAUUUGAUAACAUGUACAUUACAAAUACAAAACAUAAAGAAGCGCUGUUAACUAAUUAACUUAAUUAUCAGAAAAUAUAUUUCGCAUCUGAUGCACAAAUAUAAAUAGUUCAUUAUUAUUAUGAUUAUAAUAGGGAAACAGUGUCAAAAACACAGACACACACACAAAUUUAUUGUUACCAUGUAUGGAUUUUUUUGGACAAAGCAACAAAAAAAUUGCCAAAGAAAAAAGAACUUUUGUGUUCACACAAAAAAAGAAGAUAAAACAAAAUAAAAUGUUUUAAUUUGGGAUAAGGCCAACAUAUUCUCUUUCAACAAAGACAAACAUAGACAAAAGAAUACAUUGUAAAUUUCAGUUUUGAAAACGACAAGUGAUCCACAAAGACAAUGUUCUUUGACAACGCCACAUUCAAUUUAAAGUCUUAGAUAUGCUUCUGGCAAAACAUCUGCAGAAAAUUUUGCGAUGUACAACACACACACACACAGAGGAAAUUAGAUGGAUGCAUUACAACUUUGAAAGUUGCAUCCAUUCUUGUGCUUAAAAGUAUAUUUAUAAAGUAAUAUAUCUCAAUGUUCAUGCAAUUCAUGAAGAGAAAUAAAUAUGUUUUAAAACUAAACUUUAACAUUGGAGAGAAAAUACCAUUUAGCUUAAACACAUGACGUAUGAUUACGUAUAGAUAAUGAUGUUAUGAUUAAGUAAGCGAAAGAAUUGCCGCCCAGCUAGGAGUCCUCUACACAGACACACACACACACAAUAAUAACAACAGCAUCAGCAACAGUAAACAAAUGAUAUGAAUCUGAUGAUAGGAUUAAGCUUAACACGUAACAACAACUAGAAUUUGCUCCCUUUCACAUUUAUCGCUCUCCCUUUACUUUGCAAAUCAACGAAGAUAGCACACACACACACACAUACACAAACAAAACACAACAAUUACUACACAUUGAGCUUGCGGCUUUCAUAUAGACAAAACACACAAUCUUUCAUAUUUAAAAGACGAAGAAGAAAAAUAACAAAGAAGAUACUGGAGAUUAUAUAGUUAUAAAAUAUGAGCUAUUAAAAUGUAAUUCUAGUCUAACUCACUUGUAUAUCCAAUUUAAAACAAAGUAUAAAAUGAAAAUCAUCACUUCCCACAAUCUAUCUCUCGCUCUCUAUGUUCAGUGUGGCUCAUAUUUUGGAGCUGCAUAUGUCUUUGCUAAUAUAUAGUUGUAUCUCCUCGAUAUAUCUGUCAUGAACCUUGAAUGCAAUAACAAUGGGAGAGGAAAUAGUGUAUUUUGCCAUUAUUUUGAGCUUUUAGUUCAAUUUUUAGCAUUCAUUGCAUCAUGCUGCCAUCGCAACUGAAAGCAAACCAAAAGAAAAAUGAUAAAGGGACUCAUGAUCCGUGUAAAUAGAUAUUAUGUUAAAGAAAAUUCACCAAAAGUAAAAGAUCGAAAAAAAAACCAGAUAAAUGUUGUUGACAUGUAUCAUGUAUUUAUAUGUAGUAACAAAAUACAGAGAG